AUGAAGGCCAACCACAGCACGGAGGAGCGCUUCCUCCUGCUGGGUUUCUCCGACUGGCCCGCGCUGCAGCCCGCCCUCUUCGCCCUCGUCCUGCUCUGCUACCUCCUGACCCUGGCGGGCAACUCGACCCUCGUGCUCCUGGCCGUGCGCGACCCGCGCCUGCACACACCCAUGUACUACCUCCUGUGCCACCUGGCGCUGGUGGACGCGGGCUUCACCACGAGCGUGGCGCCCGCGCUGCUGGCCAGCCUGUGCGGCGCGGAGCUGUGGCUGCCCCGCGCGGGCUGCCUGGCCCAGCUGUGCACGUCGCUGGCGCUGGGCUCCGUCGAGUGCCUGCUGCUGGCGGUGAUGGCGCUGGACCGCGCGGCCGCCGUCGUGCACCCGCUGCGCCACGCCGAGCUCGCCUCCCCGCGCCGGUGCCGCGCGCUGGCCUGCGCCUCCUGGCUGGGCGGCCUGGCCAACUCCGCCGCGCAGAGCGCGCUCCUGGCCGCACGGCCGCUGUGCGCACCCCACCUGCUGGACCACUUCAUCUGCGAGCUCCCCGCGCUGCUGCAGCUGGCCUGUGGUGGCGGCCGCGACGCCACCGAGCGCCGGAUGUUCGCUGCGCGCGUAGUCAUCCUGCUGCUGCCGUCCGCCGUCAUCCUGGCCUCGUAUGGCGCCGUGGCCCGCGCCAUCUGCGGCAUGCGGUCCCGGGGCGGCCGCAGGAAAGCGCUGGGCACGUGCGGGUCCCACUUGACCGCCGUCUGCCUCUUCUAUGGCUCGGCCAUCUACACCUACCUACAGCCCACGCGCCACUACGACCAGGGGCGGGGCAAGUUCGCUUCGCUCUUCUACACCGUGGUCACCCCGGCCCUCAACCCGCUCAUCUACACCCUCAGGAACAAGGAAGUGAAGGGAGCAGCCAGGAAGCUCCUGGGCAGUGUGGGGAGAGGGCAGGCUGGACGGUGAGUGCGGGGCGGGGGAGGGAAGAAAGGGUGAGCCCCGGGCCCACGGAUGGGAAUGUCCAUUGGGAAGGCAGCGAGCCCUCAGCCUGUCCAUUUCCCUGUGAGAAUCAGCAAGAUGUGUCCUCAGGGAGUCCGAGGUCCUUGGGGAGGCCCCAUUCUCCGCUCCUCCCCCCGCCCCCCAGAAAUGUUCCUCUG